AUUUUAAAUUUAUAUAGCCAGUUGUAAAUUAAAUGGUGAUAACUUGUUGUGUGUUUAUAUAUUGUUGUUUAGUUGGUAGCAGUGUUAUUGUUGGUACAGUGUAAACAAAAAUAUUAUUUUUCAAAAAAAUAAACUUAUAAAAAAUGGGUGAAAACAAGUUUAAAAUAUUAAUUGCACAUCCAUAUAUACCAAAAUUUGUGACUGAAAUGUUUCAUGAAAGAGGGUACAUCCAUGUUGAACAAUGUAUACAAAAACCAGGCCCAACAAAUCAAGAAUUACGCGAAAGAUUACCAGGAACGUAUGCAUUAAUAUGGUGGCCAGAUGCUGCAAAUCCAAAUCGAUGUUUAACAAAAGAAUUAUUAGAUUUAGCUGGACCAAAUCUACGAGCAGUAUGUACAGUAUCGUCUGGUUAUGACAUGAUUGAUGUACAAGAAAUUAAGGCACGUGGUAUAUUAUUAGGGCAUAUGAAUCAAGUACAGGACGCAGCGGUAGCUGAAAUGGCAGUAUUGUUAACAUUAGCAGCAACACGACGAUUAAAAGAAUGCCAUCAAGAUAAUGGGACUAAAAAUUAUUUUAGCACGGAAUGGUCAGCAGAUCCUGAAUGGAUGAUGGGUAUGGAUUUACCUGGUUCAACAGUUGGUAUUGUUGGUUUGGGAAGUAUUGGAAAAGCAAUUUUACAACGGUUAAAAGGAUUUGAUGUGAAGAAAUUUUUAUAUACUGGCCGAUCUCCAAAACCUAAAAGUGAAACAUACGAUGCUGAAUUUGUAACAUUUGAUGAAUUACUAAAUAAUAGUGAUUAUGUAAUAGUGGCAUGUGCACUAACAGAUGAUACACGUAAUAUGUUUGAUUUGAAAGCUUUUAAGAAAAUGAAAUCAACAUCAAUCUUAAUAAAUAUAGCACGUGGUGGUAUUAUUGAUCAGGAUGCGUUAUAUGAAGCCUUACAUACGGGUAUCAUAUGGGCAGCUGGUUUAGAUGUCACCACACCAGAACCAUUACCAGUUGGACAUCGGUUACGUACAUUACCGAAUUGCACUAUAAUGCCCCAUAGAGGAAGUCAUACGCGACGCACACGUGAAGGUAUGUUUCGAUUGGCUGCUGAAAAUAUUUUACUGGCGUUAGAAGGUAAACCAAUGCGAACACCAGUGCGAUUAUAAAUUGAUAAUAUUGUCUAAGUUGUAUUUUGAGAUUAAGAUUUAGUAAGUGUUUCAGUAUUAAAAUAAAUAUAUUUUCUUGUAA